GCGGCCUCAGCGCCGGCCGCCAUUUUGUGCAGUCGCCGGGAAGGAAGGAGACGCCUAAACCGCGGCCCUGCCGGGUUUGAGCGUAGCCAAACCUGCCCACUGACUUUAUCACCCCGAUUCUCUGUGUUUUGCUACCGUCUCCGACGAGAGAGGCGGCGACGGUGGCGUCUGCGACGGGAGAUAGCGCGUCGGAGCGAGAGAGCGCCGCGCCUGCCGCCGCCCCAACAGCGGAGGCGCCGCCGCCAUCGGUCGUCACCAGACCGGAGCCGCAGGCCCUCCCGAGCGCGGCCAUCCGUGCCCCGCUCCCAGACCUCUACCCAUUUGGGACCAUGCGCGGAGGCGGCUUUGGGGACCGGGACCGGGACCGGGACCGUGGAGGAUUCGGAGCAAGAGGUGGUGGUGGCCUUCCCCCAAAGAAAUUUGGUAAUCCUGGGGAGCGUUUACGUAAAAAGAAGUGGGAUUUGAGUGAGCUCCCCAAGUUUGAGAAGAACUUUUAUGUGGAACAUCCAGAAGUGGCAAGGCUGACUCCAUAUGAGGUUGAUGAACUACGCCGUAAGAAGGAGAUUACAGUGAGAGGGGGAGAUGUUUGUCCUAAACCUGUUUUUGCUUUCCAUCAUGCUAACUUCCCACAAUAUGUAAUGGAUGUAUUGAUGGAUCAGCAUUUCACAGAACCAACUCCGAUUCAGUGCCAGGGAUUUCCAUUGGCUCUUAGUGGCCGGGAUAUGGUGGGCAUUGCUCAGACUGGCUCUGGGAAGACAUUAGCGUAUUUGCUGCCUGCAAUUGUUCAUAUUAACCAUCAGCCAUACUUGGAAAGGGGAGAUGGUCCAAUCUGUCUAGUUCUGGCUCCUACAAGAGAGCUUGCCCAGCAGGUACAGCAGGUGGCUGAUGACUAUGGCAAAUGUUCAAAAUUGAAGAGUACUUGCAUUUAUGGAGGUGCUCCUAAAGGUCCCCAGAUUCGAGACUUGGAACGAGGUGUUGAGAUCUGUAUAGCUACUCCUGGGCGCCUGAUAGAUUUCCUGGAGUCAGGAAAGACAAAUCUUCGCCGAUGUACUUACCUUGUACUGGAUGAGGCUGACAGAAUGCUUGAUAUGGGUUUUGAACCCCAGAUCCGUAAAAUUGUUGACCAAAUCAGGCCUGAUAGGCAGACAUUGAUGUGGAGUGCGACCUGGCCAAAGGAAGUGCGACAGCUUGCGGAGGACUUCCUUCGCGAUUACACCCAGAUCAACGUGGGCAACCUGGAGCUGAGUGCCAACCACAACAUCCUCCAGAUCGUGGAUGUCUGCAUGGAAAGUGAAAAAGACCACAAGUUGAUCCAACUCAUGGAGGAAAUAAUGGCUGAAAAGGAAAAUAAGACAAUAAUAUUUGUAGAGACAAAGAGACGCUGUGAUGACCUCACUCGAAGGAUGCGCAGAGAUGGUUGGCCAGCUAUGUGUAUCCAUGGAGACAAGAGUCAACCAGAAAGAGAUUGGGUACUUAAUGAGUUCCGUUCUGGGAAGGCUCCCAUCCUCAUCGCCACAGAUGUAGCCUCCCGUGGGCUAGAUGUGGAAGAUGUCAAGUUUGUGAUCAACUAUGACUAUCCAAACAGCUCCGAGGAUUACGUGCACCGCAUUGGCCGAACAGCCCGCAGCACCAACAAGGGCACUGCCUACACCUUCUUCACCCCGGGAAACCUCAAGCAGGCCAGAGAGCUGAUCAAAGUGCUGGAAGAAGCUAAUCAGGCUAUCAAUCCCAAACUGAUGCAGCUGGUGGACCACAGAGGAGGCGGCGGAGGAGGGGGUAAGGGAGGUCGUUCUCGAUACCGGACCGCUUCUUCAGCCAAUAACCCCAAUCUGAUGUAUCAGGAUGAGUGUGACCGGAGGCUUCGAGGAGUAAAGGAUGGUGGCCGGAGAGACUCUGCAAGCUAUCGGGAUCGUAGUGAAACCGAUAGAGCUGGUUAUGCUAACGGCAGUGGCUAUGGAAGUCCAAAUUCUGCCUUUGGAGCACAAGCAGGCCAAUACACCUAUGCUCAAGGCACCUAUGGUGCAGCUGCUUAUGGCACCAGUGGCUAUACAGCCCAGGAAUAUGGCGCUGGCACUUACGGGGCUAGUGGUACCACCACAGCUGGGAGAAGUUCACAGAGCUCUAGCCAGCAGUUUAGUGGGCUAGGCCGGUCUGGGCAGCAGCCACAGCCACUGAUGUCACAGCAGUUUGCACAGCCUCCUGGAGCUACCAGUAUGAUAGGUUACAUGGGGCAGACUGCCUACCAGUACCCUCCUCCUCCUCCUCCCCCUCCUCCUUCACGUAAAUGAAACCACUCAAGUGGUAGUGACUUGUGCAGACUUACUACAUUUAAAGGAACGCUGUCUUUCCCUUUUUUUCUGUUCCCCUUCUCUUUUUAACCCCUCCCCCCCCAACCAUUGUGGUUUGUCUUUUAUGCAGAUUAGUUAGAAUUCACUGCCAGGUUUCUUCCCGCCAAAUUGAUCCAGUCUGUAAUAAUAGUUUUUGUAAAAAAUACAUAUAUAUAGCUGACUGGAAGAGAUCCCCCCAACUUCUUGCAUGUUGAGGAUAUUUGAGCUAUUUUUCAUCUUAAAAGAAAAAGCAAGGUAUUAGGCCCUUUUUAUGGGAGUCCUUUUUGUUGUUCUGAGUUGGGGGUGGGUGGGGAGGGUAAAGGGUUGAAUUCUGCAGAAGAAGAUGGCAUCUGUGCUUUAAAUUGUUCCUAUUACUGAGUUAAAAAACCAAGAGAGAGUUCCCCGAGUGUUUUCCAUAAUCGGUUUUAAUGUCUCCCAAGCUGGAACAGGCUUCCUCAGGCCUGAUGAGUUUUUAAGACAGUGCUUUGCCAUUGUCCUUUUGGCUGAUUGCUUUUUAAGUGGAUUCACAGUUUUGAAAAAUUCCUAAUUGGUUUUGUCUCCCAAUCUGGCCUCCCCCUUCCCAGUGACUAAAAAAUAAUCAUUUUAGUGUCAGGUUAGAAAUUGAAUUGCCAAGUCUGAGUAUUUUAAGUGUAUCUUCUAAAUUAAAAACCCAAGUGUUUAUUGCAAUGGCUAAAAGGAGCAUCUCAGCAUCUGGGUGGAAGCCGCCUAUUUUUCUUCCCCAUAUAAACAGGGACCAUCUGUGAAAUUCAUUUUUCAACCAGACAGCUGCUGUUGGCAGAAUGAACAUAAAUGCUCACUGGAAAUUUACUUGAUUAACCAGUUAAGUACAUUCACCUGCAGUGUAAAAACCACCUUUACUUAUAAACAGUAUACUCAACGGGCAACUUUUUCUUUUUUUUUUUUUUUAACUAUAGAGCUAGAAUAAAAGCAACUCUUUGCCAGCUACUCAGCCCUUUUCGCCAAGUUAUCGUGAAUAAAGAGUCUUAAGGGUUUAUUAGGAAAGAGCUCUUACUCUCUUCAUACUUUUGUCUGCUGUGCUUUGUAACAGCUGUGGGUGCAAAUUUUCCUUGACAUCCUUUUGCACUCAGCUUUCUACAGGUAGGUAGUGCUUACAAAAAGGUACCGAGGACUAUAACCUAAGUCCUUUUCCUUUUCCUCCAUCUGAAGGUAGGUGAGUUUGUCCCCUUCAUGAUAACAUUGACUGUUUCACUGAGACUACCUGUAAUAGGCCUGGAAAGACUUUUCUGCGCUCGUGUUCGCUAUAACAGUACAGGGAGAUCAGACAGUCAGAAACCUGUCAUCUAGUGUCAGACGUAAUUAAUACUGUCAUCAGUAUUGCUCAUUCACAGUGUAGUUGAAGGGGGAAGGGGCCACUGCAUUUUUGGCUAAGGCCUGAGUGCGUGCUCAUUUGUAAGAUCCAAAUAUCUAAAUACUUGAGGUUUUUUGUUUUCCUUUUGAAAUUAAGGGAGAGAGAAGGGUUUGUUUCUGAGAGGUUCUGAGAGUAUGGUUGAAUAUACAACAUACAGGUAGGUUGUGAGCAUAAGUUGAAAUAUAUGCAUGUGAGAUCUUUGCCCACCCCUACACCUCUCCCCUACUCCUUUCUUUUUUCUUAACUUCUUUUUCCCCCCUUAAUAGAAGUUGAGGCCGAAAGAGGAUAGUAGGCACAGGAGAAACAUGGCAAAACUGCUCUGUGCUUUUAAACCAAAGUGUUUUCUUCUUGCCCUCCUUAAAAAAAUGUUUUUGUUUGUUUAAGCACUGACCAGUCGAUUGUAGGCAUUUCUACAUGAGAAUUCUGAUUUUUUUUUUUUCAAAACAGGUGCCACCAGAGGGGCUGUCAUACUCACUUGCAGGUCUGAGAAGCGUCCCUUUUUAGGAAAGGUCUCUGGGCAAGCAAGCAAUAAAUAGUUUGUCUGUUGCUUGCCUCCCUUUUUUCCACCAGGGAUAUUGUAAUCAUAUAGUCAAAAUAGCAUGUUCCAAAUCCCAAAAGCUGUUGUGGCCUGAGCACAGCCGGAACCUAGCAGGGUUGUCCUGUAAUCUAGAGUAACCUGCCUCUAUGCCUGACGCUCACAAUUCAGGGUCAGCCUUAGCUUCAGAGCACAGGCAACAGGGUCUCAUUUGAUGCUAGGUAUGCGGUCAUGGUUAAACUCACUUAGGGAAAGGAUUUCAACAUUAAGCUAUGGGGCUGCUUCUCUCCAAUCCCUCAACAAUUCAUUGUGUGGAGUUCUGUCAUCUCAAAGGUUGGUGGCUUUUGCUUGGGAUCAGUGCUCUCUAUUCAGUCCUUGCUGGUCUCUGAACACAUUCCUGUUGCGUUAAGACUUGAAAGAUUGUAGAUGUGUGAUGUCCAGGCACAGGAUGCUAAGAGCUAUGUUACUAUUCUUAGUUUGUAAAUUGUCCUUUUGAUACCAUCUUGUUUUCUUUUGUAGGUAUAAAUAAACACUGUUGACAAUAAA